AUGAACUGGGCCUUCCUCGAGGGCCUCCUAAGUGGGGUGAACAAGUACUCCACAGCAUUUGGUCGCAUUUGGCUUGCCAUAGUCUUCAUUUUCAGGCUCCUGGUAUUCCUGGUGGCCUGUGAGAAGGUCUGGGGAGAUGAGCAGAAGGACUUUGACUGCAACACCCGCCAGCCUGGUUGUCAGAAUGUCUGCUACGACCACUACUACCCCAUCUCCUACACUCGACUCUGGGCUCUCCAGCUGAUCUUUGUCACCUGCCCAUCCUUUCUUGUGACACUCCAUGUGAGCUACCGAGAAGAACGGGAGCGCAAACACCGGCUGAUACAUGGCGAGAACUGUGCUCCUCUCUACGAUAACACAGGAAAGAAGCGAGGGGGGCUUUGGUGGACCUACUUCUUUAGCCUAAUUUUUAAGAUAACAGUGGAUGCUGUGUUUGUAUUCCUGCUUUUCUACAUUUAUGAGGCCACAUUCUUCCCACCUCUGGUGAAAUGCACCGAAGACCCAUGCCCCAAUGUGGUGGACUGCUACAUUGCUAGGCCCACAGAGAAGAAACUAUUCACCUUCUUCAUGGUGGGGACCAGCUUUGUGUGCAUCUUCCUCACCUUCUGUGAGGUCCUCUAUCUGUGUGGGAAGAGGUUCUGGGAGUGCAGAGGAGGAGGAUCUGGCUCCAUGAGAGAAAACUCCUUCAUGAUGACCAGAGCUCCACUUAAUGGGAAGGACAACUCAGCAUACAAGGAGCAUGGCCUGGAGAAGGCCAAAAUGGUUGAUGGCAAAGAGAGCUCAGCUUCAGCCCCUGCGUACACCAUAGCAGUCUCCUGA